AUGCAAAGGGCCAUUGAGAUAUGCAUGCCAACAAUAAUUCACCGCUGGUGCAUCUGGCACAUCAUGAAGAAGAUCCCAAACAAACUAAACAGCUAUAAGCGACAUGAAAAAAUCAAACAAGAGAGGAGCCACGUCGUUUGGAACUCGUUCACAAAAGAGGCAUUCGACAGAAACUGGAACGAUUUUCUCACAAAGUAUAGCCUCGGAGGCAACAAGUGGCUCUCAGAGUUGUACGACGAUCGACAUAUAUGGAUUCCAGUUUACUUGGAUUACCAAUUUUGGACCGGGAUAAGAAGCACACAAAGGAGCGAGAGUAUGCACGCAUUUUUCAACAAGUUCAUCGCACGCAACAGCUCCCUAAGUCAAUUUGUGAAGCAAUACGACAAUUGCCUAGCAAGCAGAGAGCAAAGAGAGAGAGAGUUGGACGCUACAAAUUUUCACACCACCAUACCAUACACAACAAAAUCAAAAAUAGAGGCACAGUUUCAAUACGCGUAUACCCACAAGAAGUUCAGGGAAGUUCAAGCACAAUUCAGAGUAAAGGUGAACUGCAUCACAAGAUCAAUACAUUCCACCUUAGGUUUCACAAUAUACGAAUUCAUAGAGCAGGUUUCUAACUACACAUUCAACAAGUUUUUAGUCACUUACGACGCAGUAUCACGAGAGGUAAAGUGCCAGUGCCUAUUGUUCAAGUCAAGGGGCAUACUGUGCCGCUAUUCCCUAAGCAUCCUAAGCUUCGAGCGAGUGGAUAAUGUGGCACCGAAAUACAUACUGGAGCGUUGGAACAAAAACAUAAAGAGGAGGCACAUACACAUAAAAAAUAGCCAAGACGAGCCUCUAUUAAAGCUGAGAAGUAAAAGAUUCGACGAUUUGGUGUUUUGGUCGCACAAUAUAUGUGAAUUUACAUCCGAGUUCGAGGAGUUGAUCAAAAUUCUGCACCGGGCGUUUGACAAUGUCAUGGUUGAGAUGCAAGAAUAUUAA